AAUGACAUCACUUCCGCUAGCUCCCGAUUUACCACGAACGCAACCUUUGAAUUCUGAUGUAGCUUCCUUAUAUUUAAACCGUUUUCGCUGAAUAAGGAACCAACAAUAUAUUUUCACGACACGUAUGUUACCGGCUGCGCGUUCGAAAUGGAGAGCAAUGAGAGAAAAUUACUCAUGGAGGAACCCGAGAGCCGUGUCAUUAAAUGUGUGAUCGUGGGAGACGGCGGAGUUGGUAAAACUUCCUUGCUUAUAAGCUAUCUUAUGAACGGAUUUCCCAACGAUUAUAUUCCGACGGCUUUUGACGACUACAGUGGUAGGUCGAGGUUACGAAUGAGUUCUUGAUGGCCAUGUUUCUGCGGUGAAGAGAAUUCUCGUGCCAUUCAUUAUUUAUUUUGUUGUUAUUUCAGUGUCGGUAAAAGUCGAUAAGGUGCCCUAUUCAUUGCAAUUCUGCGAUACUGCAGGACAGGUAAGUCGCUUUUGUUUCGAAAUUAUUUAUUUCGAUUUUACUUUCCCUGAGAUCUGUUGCAUUUAUGUCGUAAUUCUUCUAUUUGCAAUAAAAUUAAGUAAAUAAAAGACUGCGUUAAAAUUUGUAAAAUGCCUUGUGAAUUCAUGGUUCGUGACAGGGGUUUAAUUACUAGCACAGUAAGCAAUGUGUUUCUUUUUUAAUAAUUUAUCAAACCGUUUCGAUUCAAUGAAACAUAUUCUUUCGUUGUAUAUUGAUUUAAUGCUCAAUUAAGCUAGCAAUUGAACGAAGUUAAGAAAUAUGCCGAUCAAAGUUACCUCACACAAGUCUCAAGGAGCGUGAUGUAAUUGCCUCGUCUUGAAAGAACACCAAGUUUAAAACAGUUUGUUUACAUUGCGAAAGUGUCUUAAUUUGCAUGCGCUAUCUGGUUGUUAUGUUGAAUAUUAUAUUGUUUAUUUUGCAAAUUUUUAGGAGGACUUUGACUCUCUCCGGCCGCUCUGUUAUCCAUCAACAGACGUGUUUAUUGUUUGCUUUUCCGUGGUUUCGCCGACAUCUUUUGCAAAUGUUGCACAAAAAUGGCUCCCUGAAAUACGUGGCUAUUCGUCAAAUGUUCCUGUCAUCCUUGUAGGAACACACUGUGAUUUGAGAGCGAACGUUCAAGAACUAAUACGCCUUUCUGACCUUGGACAAGGACCUAUUACGCCGCAGAAAGCCGAGAGCCUAGUCAAGAAGGCAGGGGUCGUUUGCUAUAUUGAAACUUCAGCAGUAACUCAGAAGAACUUGAAAUCCGUUUUUGAUGAAGCAAUUAUUAGCGGAUUAAGACCACCAACGUCUUCAAGAAGAGGUGACCUCAGAGGUUGCGCUUGUACUUUGAUGUAAUACAGUAACACGCUUCAGCUGUUUCCUAUUUGAUUCUCAAGUUUCGGGUUUGACGUAACUUUCUUGAGAAGAUACUUGUCAGCAACCGUGAAAAUAUCACAGUGAUAUCACUGUUGGAAAUAAUAUAAUUGGUCAUGAAAUAUUUAUUUAUAAUUUUUUUAAAGACCACGUUUCAAUCAUGCGCUCAAAGCGGACCACAAAGGAGACAUUAAUUUCCUGUUGUGUUAAAAGGAAAGUGGAGACAAAAAUAAUUUGCUAUUUAUAUUCUUUUCUGAAGGAAAUUGUGGUCUUUUUAAAAGGGAACCAACAUAAAAAAAUUAGCCCACCAGACUAUGUGGCUGUUUUUGCCAUAAUUAACGUAAUGAUUUAAGUAAUACAUGAUGGUGACCCUCUCAGGAAUAUUGUUAACAUUAAACCGGCCGGCCUGGCAUGGUUCAGUGGCUCUCCCUUCAUCCAUAUUUUUAGAACCUUAUACUUCAUUUUGUCAUUGUGUGAUCAGUAUGUUGAAAUCAAAUGACAGCAAUAAUUACUGACCCCUAUUUUACACUUGGGUGAACAGUCAGGUCUGCAAUUUGAUUUUAAUAAAAGCUAGGUGCAUGUACUGAGAAGAUCACAAUAUAUUUUGCAUUGCUCAUACUAACCAAAACCACCGGAUGACUUUGUGAAUAGGUCUUCCUGCUAAAAGCACUAUAUGUCAUGCAAUAUUAUGUCUCAUUUCAUGUAUUAAUUGAGUUCACAGACUCAACAGGAAAUAAAUUUGAGUACAAAGUUAUGGGCAAAAGUGAUGCAUGCUAUUUAAAAGUAAUUUUAAUAAGAAUCUUCCUCCAGCAGUGACACACUGUUGAAUGGAUCCUUAAAAUAGACUGGCGGUGGCAUAUGUAAAGCUUUAGGUGUCAGUCUCAAAGCUGCUUUAAUUUUCUAAUUGGCUUGUGUGAUCUGUCAGACUCACUUGAGAAAUUAGCCAUCAGUGUAACUCAUAUUAAGUCCCUGUGUCUGAGCCUUGUCUGAAUGAACAAAUUAAUGCAAUAUGUCAGAAAACUUAAUACUGGAUAGUGACCCAUCCAAGAGCAAUAGCUUGAUACAUCCUUUACUUUAAGCAUCAUGUGAUUUUCAUCGGAACCAAUAACUUCUUAACAAAUAGACCUCAUCUUACCCUGUGUCUGUCCAGUAAUAGAUCACAGGCGACAUUGAAAUGUAAUCAGAACUGAAAAAGUGUUGACGGAAGCUGGUACCCAGUGUGAUUGACAGGUCAUUCUUGUGAAGAGUGAGCAUAUGGAGAGAAUCACUGUAGUUUGUGAGUACUAAGGUUGUGUGCAAAUCGUAAUGCCUAAGUAAUAGAAUAAACAGUAAUAAAGAAGUUUUUUCUGCUGGGAGAUUUCUUUUAGGGGGCA